GCACUAGGUGGUAGUAGUACAGUACAACCUGUGCACUACGUCGAUAUCUACAUAGUACCUUGAUCUUCGCCUAGUAGUACUGCGCGCUUCUGUCGUAGCAACUCCAGUCUCCCUCUUUCUACCGUCAUAGCCUGCAGUGCUGAACAAUCGAACCAGCCACUUCCACCUCUCUACGCACUGUACCACAACACAAUCGGAUACAAGCAAACCUGAUCAAGUCUCGUUUGUCUGUAGGCAUAUCUUUGCUGGUCUACCCUCUCCGGCGCUUCCAGCUUGAACUCUUCCCCCAAACAUGUCCGUCGAACUCCAUCCCGCUGAACUGGGCUUCAGACGCCCCUUCAACCGUGAAGUCAGCGAGAUCCUAAGGGUCACAAACGUCAACGAUGCUCCUGUUGCUUUCAAAGUCAAGACUACCGCGCCGAAGCAAUACUGCGUACGGCCAAACUCUGGCAUCAUCCCGCCCCAUGAAAGCGUGGAGGUGCAAGUUCUCCUACAGGCCAUGAAAGAGGAACCGCCUCUUGAUGCCAAAUGUCGCGAUAAAUUCCUGGUUCAGUCCGUGCUCACCUCGCCCGACCAAGAUCCAAAUGUCACGACGCUGUGGCAGCAAGUUGAGAAGACGUCCAAGGGUAGCAUACAAGAGAGGAAGAUUCGCGUCAACUUCCUCCCCCCAUUCGAUGCGACUCCGAACGGCACCUCUUCGUCGCGCGAGGAACAACCGCCUGCAUACUCGUCUCCGAGCCCACAGUUUGGCUCUCCCGCUCCCAACUCGUCCAGCGGUGCAUCUGCCGCCGAAUCUGCGAAGAACACGGCUUCGAAUGUGGCGGAGGCAAGCGGCUUGACAAGCGCUGCAGCUACCGUUUCGAACGCCGUACCAACAUCGACUGAGGAGUUGAAAGAACAAUUGGCGGCAGCAAGAGCCCAGAUUAAGCAGUUGAGCGGCCAACUACAGGACCCGCAGGUCCGACAAAGAAAGGUGCAGGAAGCGAAUGAAAAGGUCCAGACCGUGGUCCAGCAAAGCCACGAGACCGGCGUGCCUCUCCAGAUCGUGGCAGGCUUGUGUCUGCUCAGCUUUCUGAUUGCAUAUCUAUUCUUCUAGCCACUUCAAGUGGGGUUUGUACGAAGGUUGUGGGAUACCGUUUGGAUAUCUUUAGUUCUCCGCGGUCGAGCAAGCGGGUCUGCGAUGACAGGCCUGACGACUUGCCUGAUGGCUGAAGUGCGGGUAUGCUUACUGAUUCCCUACGAAGUAUCGCGGCGUCUUGCUCGAGGCCUGGGGGUCGAAGAAACGGUGCCUGGGCAGACUGGGAAAACAGCGGUGAUGAGGAAGCUUGUGUUAUCAAUGACCAUCCCAGUGUGAGGUUUUGCUGGAAUUUUCGAUUUACUUUUCGUGCCUUUUUUUGUAAGCGUAGAACUGGGCAGAGCAAAUGUGAUGGCUUCAGAAAGUUCCCUCGUAAGACGACCGCGGGUUUUAGCUGAUCCCGUGCGUAGUUUUCAACAGCAGGUAUCUGUCUAGCAAGACCAAUGGCUUUUGUUGUAUGAAGAGGUCCGGGUUUGGGGGUGCAGCAGCAGCUGAUUAAUAUACACCAUUGCAUUUGAGACAUUCAAGUUGUUCUGUCC